GUGCAUUGGUACAGUGAAAAGAAAGCUUCGAAAGGUUACUCAUCCUCAGUAAAAGAAGGCAGCGUUGAAGACGGGGGAGAAACAACUGAGGAUGGAGAAUCGCGCAAAACAAGUUGUUAAUUUCGGCCCUGGACCUGCCAAACUGCCACCUUCGGUGCUGUUAAAAGCACAAGAAGAACUAAUAAACUACAAUGGAACUGGAAUCAGUGUUCUUGAAAUGAGUCACAGGUCAUCAGAUUUCACAAAGAUAAUGGACAAAACAGAAAACUUGCUGCGUGAACUGCUAAAUAUUCCAGAAAAUUACAAGGUUAUAUUCCUUCAAGGUGGUGGAAGUGGCCAAUUCAGUGCUGUACCAUUGAACCUGAUAGGCCUCAAGGAAGCAAAGUGUGCAGAUUACAUUGUUACUGGGUCAUGGUCAGCCAAGGCUGCUAAAGAGGCAGAGAAAUAUGGCACUGUGAAUCUUGUCCUUAAGAAACUGGAGAGCUACACAGGAAUUCCUGAUCCAAGUGACUGGAAUCUCAAUCCGGAUGCCUCAUAUAUAUAUUAUUGUGCUAAUGAAACCAUUCAUGGAGUAGAAUUUGACUUUAUCCCUGAAACCAAGGGAGUAGUUCUUGUAUGUGAUAUGUCAUCAAACUUUCUGUCUAAGCCAGUGGAUGUUUCAAAGUAUGGUUUGAUUUUCGCUGGUGCUCAGAAGAACAUUGGUUGUGCUGGUGUCACUGUGGUAAUAGUCCGUGAGGAUUUGCUGGGAUUUGCACUCAAAGAGUGCCCUACAGUACUUGAUUUUAAAAUUCAAGCUGGAAAUAAUUCUGUUUACAACACUCCUCCAAGUUUCAGCAUUUACAUCAUGGGUUUAGUCUUGGAGUGGAUAAAAAACAAUGGAGGUGCUGAAGCCAUGGAAAAGCAUAGUCAUGCUAAAGCAGCAUUGAUUUAUGAUGUAAUCAAUGAAUCUGAUGGAUUUUAUGUAUGCCCUGUGGUACCAAAAUGCAGAAGCAAAAUGAAUAUUCCAUUUCGCAUUGGUAAUGUGAAAGGUGAUGACGUUCUCGAAAAGAAGUUCCUUGAUGAAGCUAGUAAAAUGGGCUUUUUAUCGCUUAAAGGUCAUAGAUCUGUAGGUGGGAUACGACCAUCACUCUACAAUGCUGUGACAGUGGAAGAAACUCAGCUACUUGCCAGAUUUAUGAAGGACUUCACGAGAGCAAACAAAUAGAUGGCUGCUUGCCUUAAUUAAAAAUAGCACUUUUUAUUCCUUUGUACCUAAAAUAGCUCUUGACGUGUUUCUGUGAAAAACAUCUGGUUUUCAUAUGGAUCUUACAUCUCUGGUGUUAUACCAGUAGUAAACAUUCCUAUGUUUUUUAAAAGUUCAGAUGUAAUGUUAGAAUUUCAUCUAUUUAAUGUCAGUGGAGUUUCUACCCUUCAGUGAAUUAUGUUGUUUCAAUAUCAAUUUGGUACUGUGAAGAUGUUCUUCACAGUAUCAGAUAUGUAUAAACACUGACAGAAAUGAGCAUACAGGAAGUGUUUGUUUUUGUUACUAGCUGUACACUUUCAGGUUGUACUUUCCUUACUUGUUCUGUUUAAAUACCAUAGAUCUCUGUACUAAUCUUCCUGCAUUACACAUUAGAACACAUUAGUGUCUUCUGAUGUUUGUCCAUGUUAUGUAAGCAGUUUGAUAUAUGCCAUUGUAAUUCAGUAUUAGUGCGUGCGUACCUGUGCCUUCUCUGGCACAUAAUGCUUUGGAAGUACCCAAGAUAAUUUUGUUUAUUGGUACAGAUGUCAGAAGUUUUUCAAGUGUAUAUACAGAACAAUAAAACAAAAAAGGGAAACCUA